CUCGAAUGGCCUUUUUUCUGCACUAUUUUUUUGUGAGUCGCUUUGCAGCGCCCGCUUCUUCCCUUUAACUUCCCAUCAUCAAAAUUCACUGUUCAUUAUUAUUUUCUUUUUCUUCUCUGGUUUUUUUGCUUUCAAUUUCUUUGAUUUCUGAUCGGACGGUUCUCAUCUCUUUCCAACCAUGACUCUGAUGACUACUCCGCCAUUAGAUGUUUUGGUUGAUCAGAGCUUUGAUUUUGUGGAAGUUUGGAUUUUGAAACAGCAAGAAGACGAGGAGAUGCUUGUGCCGCAUUCGGAUAUAGUCGAAGGACCUCAGCCGAUGGAAGUUGCUCAAGCUGAGCCGGCUAGUACAGUUGAGAAUCAGCUAGUGGAGGAUCCUCCAUAUAUGAAAUUCACUUGGACAAUUGAGAAUUUUUCUAGGCUCAUCACCAAGAAGCACUAUUCAGAUAUAUUUGUUGUUGGUGGUUAUAAAUGGCGGAUACUGAUUUUUCCAAGAGGAAACAAUGUGGAUCACUUGUCGAUGUACUUGGAUGUUGCGGAUUCUACUACAUUGCCAUAUGGUUGGAGUAGAUAUGCUCAGUUUAGCUUGGCAGUGAUUAAUCAAAUCCAUCACAAAUAUUUGAUAAGAAAGGACACCCAACACCAGUUCAAUGCAAGAGAGAGUGAUUGGGGUUUCACAUCAUUUAUGCCUCUUAGUGAUCUUUAUGACCCUAGUAGAGGACAUCUUGUGAAUGAUACUGUUGUUGUUGAAGCUGAGGUUGUUGUUCAUAAGAUACUGGAUUAUUGGUCAUAUGACUCAAAGAAGGAGACUGGUUAUGUUGGACUUAAGAACCAAGGAGCAACUUGUUACAUGAACUCGCUCCUACAAACUCUUUACCAUAUCCCAUACUUCAGAAAGGCUGUGUACCACAUGCCAACGACUGAAAAUGACAUGCCUAUAGGAAGUAUUCCUUUGGCUCUGUUGAGUUUAUUUUAUAAGCUCCAAUAUAAUGACACUAGUGUCGCAACAAAGGAAUUAACCAAAUCUUUUGGAUGGGAUACAUAUGAUUCUUUUAUGCAACAUGAUGUACAAGAACUCAACAGAGUCCUGUGUGAAAAGCUUGAAGAUAAAAUGAAGGGAACUGUUGUAGAGGGGACAAUACAGCAGUUGUUUGAGGGUCAUCAUAUGAAUUAUAUUGAAUGCAUCAACGUGGAUUACAAGUCUACAAGAAAGGAAUCUUUUUAUGACCUUCAGCUUGACGUCAAGGGUUGUCGGGAUGUUUAUGCUUCUUUUGACAAGUAUGUGGAAGUUGAGCGCCUUGAGGGUGACAACAAAUAUCAUGCCGAAGAGCAUGGCUUACAGGAUGCGAAGAAAGGUGUCUUAUUUAUCGACUUUCCCCCUGUUCUUCAACUUCAGCUAAAGCGGUUUGAAUAUGAUUUUAUGCGGGAUACAAUGGUGAAGAUAAAUGACCGCUAUGAAUUUCCUCUUCAACUUGACCUUGAUAGAAAAAAUGGGAAGUAUUUAUCACCUGAAGCGGAUAGGAGUGUUCGCAACCUUUACACACUUCACAGUGUCUUAGUUCAUAGUGGAGGAUUGCAUGGUGGACAUUACUAUGCUUUUAUCAGGCCAACCCUUUCUGACCAAUGGUAUAAAUUUGACGAUGAACGGGUAACAAAAGAAGGUAUAAAGAGGGCAUUGGAAGAGCAGUAUGGUGGUGAGGAAGAGUUUCCACAGACUAAUCCUGGCUUCAAUAACACCCCUUUCAAAUUUACAAAAUACUCAAAUGCGUACAUGCUUGUCUAUAUACGUGAAAGUGAUAAGGACAAAAUAAUUUGCAACGUUGAUGAGAAGGACAUUGCUGAACACUUGAGGAUAAGGUUAAAGAAAGAGCAAGAAGAGAAGGAAGACAAAAGGAGAUAUAAAGCGCAGGCCCACCUUUAUACUAUUAUAAAGGUUGCAAGUGAUGAAGAUGUUCUAGAACAGAUUGGAAAGGACAUAUAUUUUGAUCUUGUGGAUCAUGACAAAGUUAGGAGUUUCCGCAUUCAGAAGCAAACACCUUUCCAUGUUUUCAAGGAGGAGGUUGCCAAAGAGUUUGGCAUACCAAUGCAAUAUCAGCGUUAUUGGAUUUGGGCAAAGCGGCAGAACCAUACAUAUCGUCCCAAUCGACCAUUGACCCCUCAGGAGGAGGCACAAUCUGUUGGACAGUUGAGGGAGGUGUCAAAUAAGGCACACAAUGCAGAACUAAAAUUGUUCUUGGAAGUUGAGCGUGGACAGGAUUUACAUCCUAUUCCCCUACGCAAUAAAACAAGGGAAGAUAUUCUGCUUUUCUUCAAGCUUUAUGACCCGGACAAAGAAGAAUUACGUUAUGUUGGUAGGCUCUUGGUAAAGCUUUCUGGUAAGCCAAUAGAAUAUAUAGCGAAGCUUAAUCAAAUGGCUGGCUUUGCUCCUGAUGAAGAAAUGGAACUUUAUGAGGAAAUAAAGUUUGAGCCUUGUGUGAUGUGCGAGCUCCUUGAUAAGAGAUGUUCAUUCCGGUUAAGUCAGAUAGAAGAUGGGGAUAUCAUAUGCUUUCAGAAGUCUCCUCCAAUUGAAAGUGAAGAAGCAUGCCGAUAUCCAGAUGUGCCUUCAUUUCUGGAAUAUGUACACAACCGCCAGAUUGUUCGUUUUCGAUCUCUAGAGAGACCAAAGGAAGAUGAUUUUUGUCUAGAGUUGUCAAAGAUACAUACUUAUGAUGAUGUUGUGGAAAGAGUGGCUCGCAAAAUUGGUCUGGAUGAUCCAUCCAGAAUCAGGCUCACAUCUCACAACUGCUACUCCCAACAACCUAAGCCACAACCUAUUAAAUACCGAGGAGUAGAGCAUUUGUCAGAAAUGUUGAUCCACCAUAACCAGACUUCUGACAUUUUAUAUUAUGAAGUUUUGGAUAUCCCUUUGCCAGAAUUGCUAGGUCUGAGAAACCUGAAAGUUGCUUUCCUUCAUGCUAUUAAGGAUGAAGUGGUAAUUCACAGUAUUAGAUUGCCUAAACAGAGCACUGUAGGAGAUGUGAUUGAUGAACUCAAGACGAAGGUGGAGUUGUCACAUCCAAAUGCAGAGCUUAGACUCCUUGAAGUCUUCUAUAACAAGAUCUAUAAGAUCUUUCCACCCAGUGAAAAAAUUGAGAAAAUAAGUGACCAAUAUUUGACAUUGCGUGCAGAAGAGAUCCCAGAAGAAGAGAAGAAUCUUGGUCCCCAUGAUCGACUGAUUCAUGUCUACCACUUUACCAAAGAGACUGCCCAGAACCAGAUGCAAGUACAAAAUUUUGGUGAGCCCUUUUUCUUAGUCAUUCAUGAAGGUGAAACUCUGGCUGAAGUUAAAGAGCGGAUACAAAAGAAAUUGCAUGUUCCUGAUGAAGAGUUCUCCAAGUGGAAGUUUGCAUUUAUGUCAAUGGGUCGACCAGAGUAUCUACAGGACUCUGACAUUGUGUUAAACCGUUUUCAGAGAAGAGAUGUUUAUGGUGCUUGGGAGCAAUACCUUGGGUUAGAGCAUUCUGACAACACUCCUAAGAGGGCUUACGUAAAUCAGAACCGUUACACAUUUGAGAAACCAGUUAAAAUAUACAACUAGUAGAAGCUAAUUUUCCAUUAGCACAUUAGUUGAUAUGAAGAUCCUUCAAUGCCUUCGAUGGCAUUGUAGAUAUGGAGAAAAUGCAAAGGGAGGAGUGACAUUUUGGACGGAAGGAUCAAAACUUGCUUAGAGAGAAUUCAUGUAGGGCUCAAUUACUGUUUUUCAUGCGGUUGAGGGAGGGGGAUAGGUUAUAAUUGUAGUGUUUUCACACUGUCGAUGCAUAGCGUGAGCUAUUGCCUGGCUUUGUAUAUAUCUCGCCUUUUGGCCUUUUUAGGAUGGCACCUACUCGAUCUGAGAGGUUGCUGUAUUUCCAUAUAUAGCUGUGUAAUUUAGUAGUACAUAUGAAGAUUUUGACGGGAUGUAUACUGGGUAUAGUUGGUUGCAGUUGUAGAUGACUAUUUUUUUUACUUCCUUUUUCUUGGUUUAUGUCAUGUCCUUUGUCCCAUAGGAGCGUUUGUCGUAAAUUUUUGGGAUUUUAGUGUACAAGAAAUCG